AUGGCCAACCAAACUGUCGUCCUGCCCCGCGCAGCCCGUUCUGUCGCCCGGCUCCUUCGUUCCCAACCUCUUCGAAGUGAUACUGCUCGGAUAUGCAAGAGAUGUAUUGCUACGGUGCAGCAGCGCAAUGAGCAAGAUGGCCCCGACUCCUUGGCUUUCUCCGAACGGGCGCCGUUCAUGGCCCAGAACGAGCUGUUCAGUCGACGCCAUAUUGGCCCUUCUCCCGAGGACGAGACAGAGAUGCUCAAGGCACUGGAUCCGCCUGUCAAGGACCUUGAAGAUUUCAUACAACAGUCUCUGCCGCAGGGGAUCCGACAGAGAGCCCCUACGUCGCUCGCGGAUGCACAAGGGAGACAUAACAUCAAAGGGCGCAGUGAGAAGCAAGUGCAGAGCGAGCUGGUCAAACUUGCAAAACUGAACACCCUCUCGCGCAACUUCAUAGGCGCCGGAUAUUAUGGGACAACUACUCCGCCAGUCAUCACGAGAAACAUCCUGGAGAACCCUGCCUGGUACACCAGCUAUACACCGUACCAAGCUGAAAUCAGCCAGGGUCGCUUGGAAUCACUUCUGAACUUCCAAACCCUUGUCACUGAUCUCACGGGCCUUGCAAUAGCUAAUGCAUCUGUUCUGGACGAAGGGACGGCUGCCGCUGAAGCAAUGACACUGUCUAUGAAUGCUCUUUCUACGUCUCGACUGAAGGCACCGGGUAAAACCUUCGUUGUUUCAAGUCUCUGCCAUCCUCAGACAAUCGCGGUUCUGGAGGCGAGGGCAGCAGGCUUUGGGAUCAGCAUCGUGGUGGGUGACAUUUUGGAGAAUAAUUGCCAGCUCGUCAAGGAUCAGGGAAGCAACUUGGUCGGCGUUCUCGCACAAUAUCCUGAUACUACCGGGGGUGUCUUUGAUUUUCAGAGCCUCUCAGAUGUCAUCCAUGCUGCUGAUGCCACAUUUUGUGUUGCCACAGAUUUGCUCGCCCUCACUCUAUUGAAAGCCCCGGGUGAAUUUGGUGCCGACGUCGCCUUUGGAAGUGCGCAACGAUUUGGGGUUCCGAUGGGCUUUGGCGGGCCACAUGCUGCCUUCUUUGCCUGCAACGAGAAACACAAACGGAAAAUCCCUGGUCGGCUUGUCGGUGUGUCCAAGGAUCGACUCGGCAAUCGCGCUCUUCGGCUGGCCCUUCAAACCCGAGAGCAACAUAUCCGUAGAGAAAAGGCCACCAGCAAUAUCUGCACUGCCCAAGCACUCCUCGCGAACAUGAGUGCUUUUUAUGCUAUCUAUCAUGGGCCAGACGGUUUGAAAGAUAUUGCGCAUCGGAUAUGGGCCAUGGCUAGAUUUGUCCAGAUACUGAUAGAAAAACAUAGCACGACGCUCAAAGUGGUCACAAGCGGUCUUGGUGACGAUGGUCUCGUGCUCUUUGAUACCGUUACUCUAGAAGCGCAAGACACAGGUGCAUACGAGAAGGUGUUGGCACGAGCUUCCAAAGUUGGAGUCAGCCUGCGAACCAAUGUUCCCGGGAGUACCCCAGGUAAGCCAAGACUCGGCUUCUCGAUAGACGAGGCGACCGGCAGCAAAAAUCUGGUCAAGCUGGCGAGUGUUCUUGGGAUUAAGGACAGCGACGUCGAAGCUGCCUUGCAAGACUCGCAAAUCCUGUCCAAGGUUAACAAACAGAUCGCCGCGGACAAACUGCAGAGAUCAACGCCAUUUUUGACCCAUCCCGUUUUCAAUCAACAUCAUUCGGAAACCGAGUUACUUCGAUAUAUGCACCAUCUCCAGUCAAAAGAUCUUUCUCUGAUACACUCGAUGAUCCCCCUAGGUUCCUGUACCAUGAAACUCAAUGGUACUACGGAGAUGCUGCCCGUUUCUAACGUCGGAUGGUCUGCCCUUCACCCUUUCGCUUCCGGUGCAGACGGCUACAAGAUUCUCAUUGAGCGGCUGUCCAAGAAUUUGGCAACAAUCACUGGCAUGGAUGCCGUCAGCUUACAGCCAAAUUCGGGCGCGCAAGGAGAGUUUGCUGGGCUCCGGGUGAUUGAGAAAUAUCACUCCACCAGAGGCCAGAACAAACGAAAGGUUUGCUUGAUACCUGUCUCUGCCCAUGGCACAAAUCCUGCAUCCGCGGCCAUGGCCGGGAUGAAAGUUGUUUCGCUGAAAUGCGACACGAAGACAGGUAACUUGGAUCUCAAGGAUCUGAAGGAAAAAUGUGAAAAGCACAAGGAUGAUUUGGCCGCCAUCAUGGUCACGUACCCCAGCACGUUUGGUGUUUUUGAGCCGGCAAUCAAGGAAGUAUGUCAGAUUGUGCACGACCACGGCGGCCAAGUCUACAUGGAUGGCGCCAAUCUGAACGCUCAAAUCGGCCUUUGCAACCCUGGCGAAAUUGGGGCUGAUGUGUGCCAUCUGAACUUGCACAAGACUUUCUGCAUACCUCAUGGAGGAGGCGGCCCUGGUGUGGGGCCUAUCGCUGUCAAGAACCACCUGCAACCGUUCUUACCUACCCAUCCUCUUGUGGAUCCCCAUCCUGGCCCAGAUCGAGCUAGGACAGCGAUCUCUCCGGUAAGCUCUGCACCCUGGGGCAGUGCCCUCAUUCUACCUAUCAGUUACGCCUACAUCCAACUCAUGGGCAGCGAAGGACUGAAGCAUGGAACGGAAGUUGCACUGCUGAACGCGAACUACAUCAUGUCACGGCUCAGAUCACAUUACCCCAUAGUAUACACCAACGCCAAUGGGCGGUGUGCACAUGAAUUCAUUCUUGACGCAAGAGGGUUCAAGGAGACUUCGGGCGUUGAGGCAAUUGACAUUGCCAAGCGGUUACAGGACUAUGGUUUCCAUGCCCCUACAAUGAGCUGGCCGGUGGCAAAUACUCUCAUGAUUGAACCUACAGAGUCGGAGUCAAAGGAGGAGCUUGACCGUUUUUGCGAUGCAUUGAUUGAAAUCAGAAAAGAGAUCAGAGCUAUCGAAGACGGGGAAAUGCCCCGACAGGGUAACGUCCUCAAGAUGGCGCCGCAUCCACAACAGGAUCUGAUGCGAAAUGACUGGGAUCGCCCUUACACAAGGGAGCAAGCUGCAUAUCCACUACCAUGGCUGCGAGAGAAGAAAUUCUGGCCAACAGUAGCCCGUGUUGAUGACGCCUACGGAGAUACGAACCUUUUCUGUACAUGUACACCUGUCGAAGGAUAUGAGCAAGAAGGCCUCACUGGCCAUGAGGCGCCGAUGCCUACAUAA